AUGGACACUCCUCAGAAGAAUGGACCGCCACCCAAGGAUAUCGUCUGCCAGCUCGCCCACUCGACCAUUUUUCAGUACCGCGGACUCAUCGUGUCCGAGACCGUCACGAAUGGAGAAAAGGCCAUCGUUUUCGACGAGUUGGGCACCGACAGUGUGACAAUGUACGGAGUGAUCGAGAAGGAUACUGCGUACGACUACUGUAUUGCGGCUGUGAAUAAGCUAACGGGGGAAAUUGAAUAUCGACCCGCAGAGGUGUACAACGUCUCCGCGCGACAUCGUGAUUUGUUGCAGCUGGAGACUAGUCGAAGAGAUUCGAUUUUGAAGUCCACAGAUGAUCAAUGGACCCCAAAAGCAGAGGAUCGAAAGCGCAAGCGUCUUUCAAUUACGACAACUUUUGGUGAUUCUAAGAAGAUGAAAGGCAUGGACAAGGUUGAGAAAAAAGAACUAAACGAGGAAGCAGCCGCUCAAAUGAACAGCACACUGGUGUUGAAUAGUCCGUCGGAGAUGAACAAAUCUAUGGGUAUUGACGAAAUUACAGCCAUAAAAACUGAGGAAGUCUCAAGCGUUUUGCCUAAAGCAAACAUGGAGGCAAUCUUAGGACGUGAUGUGUAUUCACUUUCCCUGUUUGUUACUGACGCAGAUAUCGAAACUUUUGGAGAGACUUGUAUCGCCGUCAUGUCAAAGAAGUACAAAGAUUUUGAGUACCCUUUUGGAGGGUCAACAAGAAAUGAUUUCCCACUGAUGUAUAAAGAUUAUCUAGAAGGACGAAUCAAAGACCGAAAACAGUGUAUUCUUUAUUGUCUUUGUGCAGCGAUGGGCUAUGUGAUACAGAUUGGUAAAAGAACCACAAAAAUAACAAGCAAUACGACAAAGAACAGCCCUUUUCCUAUGAUCAUAAUUGAGUGGGUUCAGCGGAAAUAUUUUGACAGUCAACCAACCAUCGAGCGAAAUGUCCGGGUACAACAGAUCAACAGAAGUGAACUUGAUCGUUUAGUUGUACAUGCGUUGGCAUUCGGCAUGACAAUCGAUCCCGAUAAUCGUAUUUAUCAUGUUGAAUGGGCGAAUUACACACGGAUUGCGGCAAAUCAACUGGAAAAGUUUGCGACUGCGCUGGGUGCACAAAAAGAAUCAUUACCAGAAAGUAUGAAGCAGCUGAGAGGGAUGUAUGCAAUGGUAUUGAAGGGACCACCCCAACCCCAAUUCAGGAGAGGAGCCGGUCGAAGCCGUCGCGGGAAAAAG